AUGGGCCCGCCGCGGCCGGCGCUGCUGGCGCUGCUGCUGCUGCUGAUCGCCCAGGGCGCCCGGGCAGAAAAAGACCAAGUGCUGGAAAAUGUCAGUCCAAGCUGUUCAAAAGGCGCAACUCGGUUCAAGCACCUCCGGAAGUAUGUGUACGACUAUGAAGCCGAGAGCUCCAGCGGAGUCCCGGCGACCACAGACUCAGCGAGUGUCACCAAGAUCAACUGCAAGGUCGAGCUGGAGGUUCCCCAACUCUGCAGCUUCAUCCUGAAGACAAGCCAGUGCACCCUGAAGGAGGUGUCUGGCUUCACCCCUGAGGGCAAGGCCUUGCUGAGGGAGGCCGAGAACUCGGAGGAGUUUUCUGCGGCCAUGUCCAGGUCCGAGCUCAGGCUGGUCAUUCCCGAAGGGAAACAAGCUUUACUUUACCCAGACAAGGAGGAGCCCAAACACAUCCUGAACAUCAAGAGAGGCAUCAUUUCCGCCCUCCUGGUUCCCCCGGAAACGGAAGAGGCCAAGCAAGUGUUGUUUCUGGAUUCUGUGUAUGGAAACUGUUCCAGUGACUUUACCGUAAAAACGAGGAAGGGAACCGUGGCCACGGAAAUAUCCAUCGAAAGAAACCUGGAGAAGUGUGAUCGCUUCAAGCCCGUUAGCACCGGGGUGAGCCCGCUUGCUUUGAUCACAGGCAUGACCCGGCCCUUAUCAGCUCAGAUCAGCAGCACCCAGUCCUGCCAGUACACUCUGGACCCCAAGAGGAAGCACGUGUCAGAAGCCAUCUGCAAGGAACAGCACCUGUUCCUGCCGUUCUCCCGCAAGGACAACCAUGGGAUGAUGACACAGGUUACACAGACUUUGAAACUUGAAGACACACCUAAGAUCAACAGCCGCUUCUUUGAUGAAGGCACCAAGGGAGUGAGUCUUGCCUUUGAGACAACCAAGUCCUCGUCGCCGAAGCAGGCCGAGGCCGUCCUGCAGACCCUCCAGGAGCUGCAGCAACUGCCCGUCUCCGCGCAGAAUGCCCAGCGGGCCAACCUCUUCAACAAGCUGGUGACUGAGCUGCGAGGGCUCGACAGCGACGCGGUCACAUCCCUUCUGCCAAAGCUGGUCGAGGUGUCCAGCCCCGUAACUCUGCAAGCCUUGAUUCAGUGCGGACAGCCCCAGUGUUACAUUCACAUCCUCCAGUGGCUGCGAAGCGAGAGAGCCAACCCGCUAGUGAUAGAUGUUGUGACCUACCUGAUGGCCAUGGUCCCGGAGCCCUCAGCCCAGAGGCUGCGGGAGAUCUUUAACACCGCGAAGGAACAGCAGAGCCGGGCGACCUUCUAUGCUCUGAGUCACGUGAUCCUCAACUAUCAUAUGACACACCCUACAGAGACUCAAGACCUGCUAGACAUUGCUGACUACCUGCUGGAGCAGAUUCGUGACGACUGCACGGGGAACGAAGAUCACACCUACUUGAUUCUGAGGGUCAUUGGAAACAUUGGUGGAACCAUGGAGACGCUGACCCCAAGACUCACAUCUGCAGUCCUGAAAUGUGUCAGAAGUACGGCGCCGUCCCUGCUGAUUCAGAAGGCUGCCAUCCAAGCCCUGCGGAAAAUGAAGAACACAGAUGAGGUCCGAGAAGUCCUCCUUCAGACUUUCCUGGAUGCUGCUACCCCAGGGGAUAAGCGACUGGCUGCCUAUCUCAUGCUGAUGAGGAGCCCUUCUCAGUCAGAUGUGAGAAAGAUCACCGAACUCCUCCCAGGGGAACUGAAUGAGCAAGUGAAGAACUUCGUGGCUUCCCACAUCGCCAACAUCUUAAAAUCAGAAGACUUGUAUGUCCAGGGUUUGAAAAGGUUGGUGAAUGAAGCUCUGAAAAAUGCUCAGCUUCCAACUGUCAUGGACUUCAAGACAUUUUCCCGGAGCUACCACUUUUCCAAAUCCGCUUCUCUUCCAUCGCAUGACCCGGUCUCAGCCUCAAUCGAAGGCAAUCUUAUAUUUGACCCAAAUAAUUACCUGCCUAAAGAGAGCAUGCUGAAAACAACCCUCACUAUCUUUGGAUUUGCUCCAGUUGACCUCUUCGAGCUUGGCUUGGAAGGAAAGGGGUUUGAGCCAACAUUGGAAGCUUUGUUUGGGAAGCAAGGAUUUUUUCCAGACAGUGUCAACAAGGCUUUGUACUGGGUUGAUGGUCAGGUUCCUGAUGAUGUCUCCAAGGUCCUGGUAGACCACUUUGGCUACACCAAAGAUGAUAAACACGAGCAGGACAUGGUCAAUGGAAUUAUGCUCAAUGUUCAGAAGCUGAUCAAAGAUUUGAAAUCCAAGGAAUUCCCAGAAGCCAGAGCCUACCUCCGCGUCUUGGGAGAGGAGCUUGGCUUUGUCAGGCUCCAUGACCUCCAGUUCCUGGGAAGGCUGCUCCUGGAUGGUGCGCGUACGCUGAAGGGGAUCCCCCAGAUGAUUGCAAAGGCCAUCACACAAGGUUCACAGAAUGACUUGUUCCUUCACUACAUCUUCAUGGAUAAUGCCUUUGAAGUCCCCACCGGACUUGGGUUACAACUGCAAGUGUCGUCCUCUGGCGUCAUCACUCCUGGGGUCCAGGCUGGGGUGAAACUGGAUAAGAUGCAGGUGGAGCUGGUGGCCAAGCCGUCUGUGUCCGUGGAGUUUGUGACAAAUAUGGGCAUCAUCAUUCCAGACUUUGCUAGGAGCGGGGUCCAAAUGAACAUGAAUUUCUUCCAUGAGACAGGCCUGGAAGCACGAGUUGCCCUAACCUCUGGGCAGCUGAAGUUCAGCAUUCCAGCGCCAAAGAGGCCAAUCAAGCUGCUGAGUGUCAGUAACACGUUGCAUUUGGUCUCUACCACCAAAACCGAAGUGAUCCCACCUGUAAUGGAGAACAUGAAGACCUGGUCAGUUUGCAAGCCUUUCUUGACGGGCAUGAACUACUGCAGCACCGGCGCUUACUCCAACACCAGUUUCUACUAUCCUCUGAUCAGAGACAUCAGGUACGAACUGGAACUGAAGCCAACGGGAGAAGUCGAGCAGUAUUCCGCCAGCGCAUCCUACCAUGUCCAGAAGGAGGGCGAGGCCUGGGUGAACACGCUGAAGUUUGCAACAGAGGCAGAAGGUGUAAACCCGACCGAGGCCACGAUGACAAUCAAAUAUAACCAGCAGACUAAGACUUUGACCAGUGAGAUGCAAAUUCCGGACUUCGGUGUUGACCUUGGGACAGUCCUCAGGGUGAGCGAUGAGUCUGCUGAGGAAGAAACGUCUUACAAACUCACCCUGGACAUUCAGAACAAGAAACUCACCGAGGCCACCUUCACUGGCCACAUAAGCUGUGACAAGAAGGAAGAAGGCAGAAUCAAAGGUGUUCUUUCCAUACCCCGUUUGCAAGCAGAAGCCAGAAGUGAAACCGUCGCCCUGUGGUCUCCCACCAAACUGCUCCUCCAGAUGGACUCAUCCGCUACCGCUUACGGUUCGAUGAUCUCCAAGAAGUUGGCCUGGCGUUACGAUGAAGAGAAGAUUGAAUUCGAAUGGAACGCAGGCACCAAUGUGGAUACCAAAAAGGCGGCCUCCAGCUUCCCCGUGGAUCUCUCUGAUUACCCCAAGAGCCUGAAUACAUACGCCCAUAGUCUCUUGGACCACAGAGUUCCCCAGACAAACAUGACUUUCCGGCACGUGGGUUCCAAAUUCAUAACUGUAACAAGCACAUGGCUCCAGAAGGCAUCCGUGAAUCUUCCUCACACCCAGAAUUUACAAGAUUACCUCAGUGGCCUCAAAAAGUUCAACCUCCAGAAGAUCAGACUGCCAGAGUUCCACAUCCCAGAAAACCUCUUCUUGAAAAGUGAUGGCCGGGUCAAGUACACCUUGAACAAGAACAGGGUGAAAAUGGAGAUUCCUUUGCCUUUGGGUGGCAAAUCCUCCAAAGAUCUAAAGAUGGUGGAGGCCAUUCGGACACCAGUGAUCAACUUAAAAUCUGUGGGAAUCUACCUGCCAUCAAGAGAGUUCCAAGUCCCCGCUUUUACCAUCCCCAAGUCGUAUGAACUGUCGGUGUCUCACUUGGGUGUUCUAGACCUCUCCACAAACAUCUACAGCAACUUGUACAAUUGGUCUGCCUCCUACACUGGUGGCAACACCAGCACAGAGCACUUUAUCCUUCAGGCUCAGUACCGCAUGAAGGCCGACUCUGCGGUCGACCUGCUGUCCUACAGUGUGCAAGGAUCUGGAGAAACAACAUACGACCACAAGAAUACAUUGACAUUAUCAUGUGCUGGAUCUCUACACCACAAAUUUCUGGAUUCGAAUGUCAAAUUCAGCCAUGUAGAAAAGAUUGGGACUAAUCCAGCCUCCAAAGGUUUACUGACAUUCAAUGCAUCUAGUUCCUGGGGACCGCAGAUGUCUGCUUCAGUACAUUUGGACUCAAGAGUGAAAGACCAUUUGUAUAUCAAGGAAGUCAAGAUUGAUGGGCAGUGCGGAGUCUCUUCACUCUAUGCUAACGGUGCAUAUAGCCUGUCUUAUCAAAAGGAUCCUACCACUGGCCAGCGAACCGGAGAGUCCAACCUGAGGUUUAACUCUACCUACCUCCAGGGCACAAAUCAGAUAAUAGGAAGAUAUGAAGAUGGAACCAUCUCCCUCGCUUCCACCUCAGAUCUGCAAGAUGGCAUCGUUAAAAAUACUGCUUACCUCAAAUAUGAGAACUACGAGGUGACUAUGAAAUCUGAUACCACCGGGAAGUACGAGGACUUUGCCACUUCUAGCAAAGUCGAUAUGACCUUCUCUAACCGAAAUGCAUUGCUACGUUCUGAGUAUCAAGCUGAUUACAAGUCACUGAGGUUCUUUGCCCUGCUUUCUGGUUCACUGAAUUCCCAUGGUCUUGAAAUAAAUGCUGACGUCCUGGGCACUGACAAAAUUAAUACUGGUGCUUACAAAGCAACACUAAGGAUUGCUGGAGAUGGACUGUCUACCAGCGCAACAACCAACCUGAAGUACAGUCCCCUGAUGUUGGAGAGUGAGCUGAACUCCGCCCUCGGGCUCUCUGGGGCAUCCCUGAGAUUCACAACCAACGGCCGCUUCCGGGAACACAAUGCAAAAUUCAGCCUAGAUGGAAAAGCUGCCCUCACGGAGGUGUCACUGGGAAGCGCUUAUCAGGCCAUGAUUCUGGGUGUCGACAGCAAAAAUAUUUUCAGCUUCAAAAUUAACCAGGAGGGACUUAAGCUUUCCAGUGACGUGAUGGGCUCAUAUGCUGAAAUGAAACUUCACCACACAAACAGUCUGAACAUCGUGGGGUUAUCACUGGACUUCUCUUCAAAACUCGACAACAUUUACAGUUCUGACAAGUCGUAUAAGCAAACUUUCAAUGUGCAGCUGCAGCCCUAUUCUCUCGUAACGACUUUAAACAAUGACCUGAAAUUCAACGAUCUGGAUCUGACCAACCAUGGGAAAUUGCGGCUGGAACCCCUGAAGCUGACUGUGGGUGGGAACGUAAAAGGAGCCUACCAAAAUAAUGAAAUAAAACACAUGUACACCAUUUCUUAUGCAGACUUGUCAGCGAGUUAUAAAGCAGACACCGUAGCUAAAGUGCAGGACACAGAGGUAAGCCAUCGGCUCAGCGCAAGCAUCACUGGGCUGGCUUCAGCCAUUGACAUCAGCACAAACUACAAUUCGGACUCACUGCGUUUCAGCAACGUUUUUCAUUCUACAGUGGCCCCGUUUACAGUGACCAUCGAUGCACACACAAACGGCAACGGGAAACUGACUCUCUGGGGAGAACACACAGGGCAACUGUACAGCAAAUUCCUCUUGAAAGCAGAACCUCUGGCCCUAACGUUCUCUCAUGAUUACAAAGGAUCCACAAAUCACCAUCUCAUGUCCAGAGGGAGCGUCAAUACUGCUCUAGAUCAUAAAGCCAGUGUCCUGCUCACUCCGGCCGAGCAGACAGGCACCUGGAAACUCAAGACCGAGUUGAACAAAAAUGAAUACAGCCAUGAGUUUGAUGCUUACAAUACUAAAGACAAAGUUGGUGUGGAGCUUACUGGACGAGCCCUGGCUAACUUCACCAUGCUAGACUCCCCGAUUGAAGUCCCUUUUUUACUCAAUGGUCCUAUCAAUGUAAUUGAUGCUUUGGAGAUGAGGGAUACUAUUGACCAGCCCCAGGAAUUCUCUAUGGUUGCUGCCAUAAAAUAUGAUAAGAACCAAGAUGUUCACACCAUCAACCUCCCAUUCUUAAACCUCCUGCCAGAACAUUUUGAGAAGAGUCGAAUAGUAAUUGUAACUUCAUUGGAAGCCAUACAGAGAGAACUGAAACGUAUCAAUAUUGAUCAGUUCAUGAGGAAAUACAGAACAGCCUUGGACAAAUUCUCACAGCAAGUUAAUGACCAGCUGAAUGAAGUCAGUUGGGAGAGACAAGUUUCAAACGCCAAGGAGAAACUAACUGCUUUCGCAGAAAAUUAUGGAAUUACAGAAAAUGAUCUAACAAUUGCAUUGGACAAUGCCAAAAUCAACUUUAAUGAAAAACUAUCUCAACUACAAACAUAUGUGAUACAAUUUGAUCAGUAUAUUAAAGAUAAUUAUGAUUUGCAUGAUUUUAAAAUAGCUAUUGCUAAGAUUAUUGAUCGAAUCAUUGAAACAUUGAAAAUUCUUGAUGAACAUUAUCAUAUCCGUGUAAAUAUAGUAAAAACAAUUAAUGACUUGGAUGUGUUUAUUGAAAAGAUUGAGUUUAACAAUAUGGGAAGUACAGUAUCCUGGAUUCAAAAUGUGACUGCUAAGUAUCAAAUCAGAAUUUGGGUACAAGAAAAGUUGCAGCAGCUCAAGACACAAAUUCAGAAUGUUGACAUCCAGCACCUUGCAGAAAAGUUAAAACAACAGGUUGAAGCCAUUGAUGUCAGAGUGCUUUUAGAUCGGUUGAGGACUACAAUUCCAUUCCAAAAAAUAAGGCAAAUUAUUGAGCAUGUGAAAUACUAUGUUAGAAAUUUCAUUGAAGGUUUUGAAGUAACUGAGAAAAUCAAUGCUUUUCGAGCCAUGGUUCACAAGUUAAUUAAAAUGUAUGAAAUAGACCAACACAUCAAGAUUUUAAUGGAGAAAUUAGUGCAGUUAGCCCACAAAUAUAAGUUGAAGGAGACUAUUCAGAAGUUGAUCAAUGUCUUACAACAAGUUGAGAUAAUAGAUCACUUUGAGAAAUUGGUUGGGUUUUUUGAUGAUGCUGUCACUCGGCUUAAAGCAUUGUCUUUUAAGAAAUUCAUUGAAGAAGUAAACAAAUUCCUUGACAUUUUGAUAAAGAAAAUGAAGUCCUUUGAUUAUCACCAGUUUGUAGAUAAAACCAAUAACAAAAUCCGUGAGGUGACUAAGAGAAUCAAUGGUGAAAUCCAGGCUCUGGACCUCCCACAAAAAGCUAAAGCACUAAAAGUAUUUGUAGAGGACAUCAGAGCUGUGAUCUCAGUCCAUCUGAAAAACCUAAAAGGCACCAAAAUAACCUUAUUUGUUGAUUGGUUACAGGAAGCUUUAAAUUCAACAUCUUUAAAUUACAUGAAAGUCAAAUUCCAAGAGACCCUACAAGAUAUACGAGACCAAAUAUAUCUAAUGGACGGUGGACAGAAAGUUCAGAAAUUCCUGUUGCUUGUAGGCCAAAUUUAUAACACACUUGUUACUUACAUUUCUGACAUUUGGAGUCUUGCUGCCAAGGGCUUUACUGACUUUGCAGAACGGUAUUCUAUCCAAGCCUGGGCUGAAUCCCUAAAAGCACUGGUAGAACAAGGGUUCACUGUUCCUGAAAUCCAGACCACCUUUGGGACCAUGCCUGCCUUUGAAUUCAGUCUCCGUGCCCUUCAGGAAGCUACAUAUCAGACUCCUGAGUUCAUAGUCCCCCUGACAGAUUUGAAGAUUCCAUCAGUUCAGAUAAACUUCAAAAAAUUAGAAGAUAUAGAAGUACCAUCCAAGUUUUCCACGCCAGAAUUUACUGUCCUCAACACCUUCCACAUUCCUUCCUUUACAAUUGACUUGGUAGAAAUAAAAGCAAAGAUCAUCAGAAUCAUUGACCAGAUGCUGAACAGUGAGCUGCAGUGGCCAGUUCCAGAAGUGUACCUAGGGGAUCUGAUGGACAUGGACACCAUUCUUGCUAGAAUCACUCUGCCAGACUUCGAUGUACCAGAAAUCACAAUUCGAGAAUUCAUAAUCCCAAAUCUUGACCUCAAAGAUUUUCAAGUUCCUGACCUUCACAUACCAGAAUUCCAGCUUCCCAGCAUCUCACACACAAUUCAAGUACCUACUUUUGGCAAGCUGCAUAGCAUUCUGAAAAUCCAAUCUCCCCUUUUCACAUUAGAUGCAAAUGCAGACAUUCAAAAUGUAACAACAUCAGUGAAUGAGGCAGGGAUUAUGGCUUCCAUCACUGCCAAAGGAGACUCCAAAUUAGAAGUUCUCAAAUUUGAUUUUCAGGCAAAUGCACAACUUUCAUAUCCUGAGAUGAAUCCACUCAUUCUGAAGGAAUCCAUGAGUUUCUCCAGCAAGUACCUGCAAACAGAGCAUAAGGGCGAAGUCCUAUUUUCUGGAAAUGCUAUUGAGGGAAAAUCAAACACAGUGGCAAGUUUACGCACAGAAAAAAAUACAAUGGAGCUUAGUAAUGGUGUGCUUAUCAAGGCAAACAAUCAGCUUACUCUGGACAGCAACACAAAGUACUUCCACAAAUUGCACAUCCCCAAACUGGACUUCUCCAGUCAGGCUGGCCUACACAAUGAAAUCAAGACCCUGUUUGAAGCUCAACAUGUAGCAUGGACUUCUUCUGGGAAAGGAUCAUGGAAAUGGGCCUGCCCCAAAUUCUCAGAUGAGGGGACCCAUGAAUCCCAAAUUAGCUUCACUGUGAGAGGACCCCUCACUUCCUUUGAAUUGUCUAAUCAGCUCAGUAGCAAGCACCUGAGAGUAAACCAAACCUUGGUUUAUGAAUCUAGCUUUCUCAAACUUUAUCAGUUGGAUAUCCAGUCACAAGUUGAAUCCCAGCAUGUGGGUCACAGUGUUCUCACUGCUAAAGGCACAGCACGGCUUGGAGAAAGGAAGGUCGAGGUAACUGGCAACCAUGAUGCUCAUUUAAAUGGAAAAGUUAGUGGAACUUUGAAAAAUUCUCUUUUCUUUUUAGCACAGCCAUUUGAGAUUACUGCAUCCACAAACAAUGAAGGCAAUCUGAAAGUUAGUUUUCCAUUAAAAUUGACAGGGAAAAUAGACUUCCUGAAUAAUUAUGCACUGUUCUUGAGUCCUCACGCCCAGCACGCAAGUUGGCAAGCCAUUGCCAGGUUCAACCAGUAUAAGUACAAUCACAGUGUUUUUGCUGGAAACCACGAGAACAGCACUGAGGCCCACAUGGGAGUAAGUGGAGAAGCCAACCUGGAUUUUCUAAACACUCCUUUAACAAUUCCUGAAACAACUCUACCUUACACAAAACUCAAAAUCCCCCAGGUGAAAGAUUUCUCCUUAUGGGAAAAUACUGGUUUGAAGGAAUUCUUGAAAACAACAAAGCAAUCAUUUGAUUUAAGUGUAAAGGCUCAGUAUAAGAAAAACAAAGACAAACACUCCAUCCCCGUUCCUUUGGACAUGGUUUUCGUGUUUAUCAAUCAGAACAUCAAGUCAUUCGAGAAGCAUUUUGAGAAAGUCAGAGUCAAGGCAUUGGAUUCUUUUACCAAAUCCUAUAAUGAAGCAAAAAUUAAGCUUGAUAAAUACAUAGCUGAAAAAUCCCAGAACAAGCAACCCAAGACCCUUGAGAUUCCUGGAUACACCAUUCCAGUAGUCAACAUUGAAGUAUCCCCAUUCACAGUCAAGAUGCUGACAUUUGGCUAUGAGAUCCCAGAAGGGGUCAGCACCCCAGAUUCUGGCUUCUCUGUGCCCUCACAUGCAGUAGUCCUGCCAUUCCCAGAGUUGCCAGCCCUUCAUGUCCCUAGGAAUCUUCUGAAGUUUUCUCUUCCAGUAUUCAAGGUAUCAAGUAUCCCAAACAAUAUUUUAAUUCCGGCCAUGGGCAAUAUUACCUAUGACUUUUCCUUUAAAUCAGGUGUCAUCACCCUGAAUACCCAUGUGGGACUCUACAACCAAUCCGAUAUUGUCGCUCAUUUCCUUACUUCCUCUUCCUCUGUCACUGAUGCACUGCAGUGCAAAUUAGAGGGCACCUCCAGUCUGACCAUGAAAAGAGGGUUGAAGUUAGCCACAGCUUUGUCUCUGAGUAACAAAUUCGCAGAAGGCAAUCAUGACAGUACCAUUAGCUUAACCAUGAAAACCAUGGAAGCUUCCAUGACAACAGCAGCAAAAGUUCAAAUUCCAAUUUUGAGAAUGAAUUUCAAGCAGGAACUGAAUGGAAAUACCAAGUCAACACCUACUGUCACUUCAUCCAUUGAAUUAAAGUAUGAUUUCAAUUCCACCAAGCUGCACUCUACUGCUUCAGGGACAGUUGAGCACAAGUUCAACCUAGAAAGCCUCACUUCUUACUUUUCCAUCGAAUCAUCCAACAAAGGAACUAUCCAGGGUUCGGUCCUUUUACGGGAAUAUUCAGGAAUGAUUGCCAGUGAGGUCAGCACUUAUUUAAAUUCCAAGGGUACUCGGUCUUCAGUGAAGCUGCAAGGGGCUUCCAAAGUUGAUGGUAUCUGGAACCUUGAAGCGAAAGAAAGCUUUGCUGGAGAAGCCACUCUCCAACGCAUAUAUGCCACCUGGGAGCACAAUACAAAAAACCACUUACAGCUACAGCCCCCCUUUUUAACAUUUGGAGAGCAUACAAGCAAAGCCAUCCUGGAACUCGCCCCAUGGAAACUGUUAGCCCUUGUUCAGGUUCAUGCAAGUCAGUCCGGUUCCUUCCUUGAUCUCAAUAACCUUGUCGAAGAAAUGUCCCUGAAUAUUAACACUGAGAACCAGAAGGCCAGCUGGAAAAGCGAGAUCCAGGUUCACUCCCUGUCUCUCCAGAAUGAUGUACAACUAUCCAAUGACCAAGAAGAGACACGCCUUGACGUUGCAGGAUCCUUAGAAGGGUACCUACGGUUCCUCAACAGCAUUGCCCUACCAAUUUAUGACAAGACUGUAUGGGAAUUUCUAAAGCUGGAUGUAACCACCAGUAUUGAUAGGAAGCAGUAUCUUCGUGCUUCUACAGCCCUUGUAUACACCAAAAAUCCCAGUGGCUAUGUGUUCUCUGUCCCCGUGCAAGAAUUGGCUGAUAAAUUUGUUAUUCCUGGACUGAAACUAAAUAAUCUGAACUUAGUUCUUGUGACACCUACGUUCCAAGUCCCAUUUACAGAUCUGCAGGUUCCAUCCUACGAACUUGAUGCAAGUGAAAUAAAAGUCUACAAGAAGCUAAGUACUUCGCCAUUCACCCUCAAUGUACCAGCACUACCCACAGUGAAAUGCCCUGAAGUUAAUGUGAUAACAAAGUAUUCUGAGCCAGGUAACUCCUCAGUUCCCUUUUUUGAAAUAACUGUGCCUAAAUUUCAGUUAACUGUGCCCCAGUAUACCUAUCCAAAAAGUAUUUCCUUUGGCAAUGCUGUUUUGGAUCUAAAUGAGAUGGCCAGCAAGAUUGCAGACUUCAGGUUGCCAGACAUCACUGUGCCUGAUCAGACCAUUGAGAUUCCCUCCAUUAAGUUCUCUGUACCUGCUGGAAUUCACCUUCCUUCCUUUGGAUCACUGACUGCACGUUUCGGAGUGGCCUCUCCCCUGUAUAAUGCUACUUGGAGUGCUGGUUUGAAAAACAAAGAAGACCAUGUUGAAAUGUUCCUGGAUUCCACAUGCAACUCAACCAUACAGUUCCUGGAAUAUGAUCUUAAAGCUGUGGAAACACUCAAGAUUGAAGAUGGCAUGUUAGUCAGUAAGGUGAAAGGAACAUUUUCACACCGUGACGUCAGCGCAGAAUAUAAAGAAGAUGGCAAAUACCAUGAUUAUCUGGACUGGGGAGGAGACGCUCACCUUGACAUCACUAGCCCAACGUUCACGGAUGUCCAUCUGCACUGCCAUGUGGGCGAGAAUAUGCUCUACUCUGCAGCCUCUCCAGCCAUAGGCACGGUGGCCAUGGACUUGGAAGACAAUGAGGAUUCCAUAAAAUUCAAUAUCUACUACCGCCCUCAGUCAUCUCCAGAUAAAAAACUCAGCAUAUUCAAAAUUGAGUCUAGGUUCCCUGAAUCUAGUGAGAACUAUGAGGUGAGAGUUAACUGGGAAAAAGAGGCUGUGUCUGAAUUUCUCAGCUCUCUGAAAGACAACGUGCCCAAGGCAGCAGGGACCCUUUACAACUAUGUCAACAAGCACCACCAGGAGUACACAGGACUUGAUCUGAGAGAGGCGUCUUUAAAACUUAGAGGAAGUCUUCAGAACACGGCUGAGCAGACCUAUCAAGGAGCACUGAGUCUGAUUGAUGAGGUGGACAAGACACUGGAACUCAAGAGGGUAACCAGAGGCGCUACUAGAACCUACCAGUGGUGGAAUGACAAGGCCCAGACUCUGUACCAGGAACUGUUGGAUCAGGAGGGCCGUGUCGAUCUCCAGAGACUCCAAAAUAAGGUGUUGGACAACCUAAUAGGAGUUACUAAGGAGUACAGUGCCAUAGUCACGCAUCUGCUUGACCUGUUCAUCGAUUACCUGAAGUUCACCAGACUCCAGCUCCCAGGAAGAGCCGGGACAUACACUUUAGAUGAGCUCUGCACUAUGGUCAUGAGGGGAGUAGGGAAGGCACUGUCCCAGGUGCAUUCAAACAUCCAUAGUGGGUUAGAAAUACUAUUUUCCUAUUUCCAAGGCCUGAUGGAGAAAUCUGAAUUAAUCAAGGACCUAAAGAUUAAAUUUCCUUUUGAGUCAGCAAGUGUUAAACUAACAGAUGAAACCUUAAUAUAUGGGAAACUGUUGAACUCUUCAUCACAAAGAGUCCAAAGGAUAUGGAAUGUCCUCCAAUCUAACAAAACUACAGAGAUACUAGGUGAUCUUCAGAGAUUUGCACAAGGUGUUUUCCAAUCCGUAGAAGAAGAAAUGAACCUCUUAAAGAAGAAGAAACUUACUAAUCUCAUUGAUGAGAUCCAACAGAUCAAAACAACCUUGGACAGUCAUAUUCAAUAUGUUUUUAGGUUCCUGAGAGAAUACUUGUACCUUGACUUUGGCAACUUUAAUGAAUUUGUUCAAAACAAACUUCAAGAAGCUUCUCAUGAGUUAGAGCAGAUCCAUCAGUACGUAAAGGCUCUUCUCAAAGAAUAUUUUGAUUUGGAUAUGGUCAGCUGGAGAGUGAAAUAUUAUGAAUUUGAAGAAAAGCUAAUCAACCUGAUCAAGAAGUUAGUAGAUGCCCUGAGGGAUUUCCAUUCCAAAUACACAGGCAGUGCUGAUGGUUUUGCUUCCCAACUCUCAAGUGACAUUGAGCAAUUUGUGCAGAAAGAUAUCCCGAAAUAUCUUAGCGUCCUUGCUGAUACAGAUGGGAAAAUAAAAGAAAAGAUUGUGGAGCUUUCUACCAGUGCCCAGGAAAUAAUUAAAAGCUGGACCGUUGCAAUGAAGAAAAUCAUUUUUGAUUACCACCGGCAGUUCAAGUAUAAACUACAGAAUUUUUCAGACCAACUCUCUGAUUACUAUGAAAAAUUCAUUGCUGCGUCUCAAAGAUUGAUUGACCUGUCCAUUGAAACAUACCACAUGUUUCUGAUAUAUAUCACUGAGUUACUACAAAAGCUGCAAUCGUCCACAGUCGAUGACAGGAGCCAUUACCAAGAGAUUGCUCCAGGAGAAUUAAUUAUCACCUUCUAA